AUGAUAUUCCUCAGGAAGGUUCUCUCUCUUCACAUACUGUGUGUCUUUGGGUGUUUUUGCCAGGCAGACAUACAGACAACUAUAUAUCUUGCAGGGCCCCUAGCCAACCGACAAGUGAAGGACCUGAAUGGAAAACCCUCUGAAGGAAAAGUGCAGGACACCUUUGACUGUAGUUAUCCCUUACCCUCAAGUUCUAGAGGUUACUUUGAGCGCCUAACAAGCAGGGGAAUAACCCACUUCAAAGUGCCUCUGUCAUGGGCUCAGCUCCUGCCUUCAGGCCUGUCCAGCCAGCCAAAAGAUGCUGUGGUGACUUGCUAUCAGACCUUGCUGAAACAGCUAGUGGAGGCAGGCCUCCAGCCCCUGGUUGUCCUGCAUAGAUCAGCAGUACCAGAAGUCUUGAGAUCCAGGUAUGGAGGCUGGGAGAGCCCUGAGCUGUUGAAGAUGUUUGAGCAGUAUGCAGAGUUUGCUUUCCAAGAGUUUGGAGAGCUGUCAUACUCAGUGUCACACUGGGUGACACUGAGCCAUCUGGAUGAGCUGAGGGAUAAUGAGCUACAAAACGCCCUCCGUGCACAUACCAAUGUAUACCACCGCUACCAUCAGCUGGUUCCUGGGAGAGAUGGACAAGUAUCAGUUGGCCUAAAAGCAAGCAGUGUCCCAACUAUCUACCAAAGCAAUACUCUACUGUUGGAAUCUUUAGAUUUCCUCUCAGUAGGAAUCCAUUACGACUGCAACGCCGAAGAAAACCUAGCAGAGCAGCUUAGAGGCUUAAAGAGAAUUAGUGGAGGCAAAUCCAUCCUUUUUCAUGAGGUUCACAUCAGUGAUUGCUCUUUGGACCGGUUCGUCUCCCUUACCAAUGUCCUCCAAGCUGUUAGAAACGAAGACUUACAGGUUCUCGGAUUUGAUGCUGUGGAUUUGUUUGGAAAACUUAAAGCUGAAACCUCCUCAAAAAGUGAAGGAAUAAAGGAAACAACAACACCAUCUUCAACAUACAACAAAAUAUGGAAUAAGUUUGCCCUCAUGCCCUCAUCAGACCGAGAUACAUUCCUGAAUGAAUCAUUCCCAUCUGGCUUCCAGUGGGCUACAUCCAGUGAGUCCUUCAAGAUAGAAGGUGGCUGGUCAGAAGAUGGGAAGGCAGAGACCAUUUGGGACCGUUUUGGCCAUAAAGGCCAAGUCCCUGGGAAUCAGACAGCUGAUCUAGCUUGUGACAGCUAUCACAAGGUGGAUUAUGAUGUCUACCUCCUUCGAGGUCUCCAUGUCAACACCUACCAGUUUUCCAUCUCCUGGGCCCGAAUUUUUCCCUUUGGCCACCAGGGGAGCCAUUCUGAGAAAGGGGCUCUUUACUAUGACCGGCUAAUCAAUGCUCUUUUAGAGUCUGGCAUACAACCAGUUAUCACAUUGUAUCACUGGGAUCUGCCUCAAGCACUCCAGGACUAUGGUGGAUGGACCAACGCGACCAUUGUUGCAGCCUUCAAGGACUAUGCAGACUUCUGCUUCUCCAGGUUUGGAGACAGGGUCAAGAGCUGGAACACUUACAGUAGCCCCUGGGUGGUGAGCCAUGCUGGGUAUGGAACUGGUGAGCAUCCCCCUGGGAUGAAGGACUAUGUGGUUGCCUCCUAUCAGGCCACACACAAUAUACUGAAGUCCCAUGCUGAGGCCUGGCAUGUCUACAAUGAUAAACACAGGAAGAAGCAGGGAGGAAAAGUUGGCAUUGCCCUGAACUCAGACUGGGCUGAACCCAUGGAUGGCUCCAAACCUGCAGAUGUCACAGCCGCAGAUCGCUACCUGCAGUUCAUGUUGGGCUGGUUUGCUCAUCCCAUAUUUGUAGAUGGGGAUUAUCCUGCAUUGCUUAAGACUCAGAUUGAACAGAAAAGAAAUAAGUGUCCCCUCUCUGAGCCUGCUAGACUUCCAUCCUUCACUGCUGAAGAGAAACAGCGGAUUCGUGGCACAGCUGACUUUUUAGGAUUGAACCACUAUACCUCCCGUUUGGUCAAAAACAGUGAUGGUGGCUGCAUCCCUGGGCCUCAAGGGGUGGGUGACUUCCAGGCUCAUGUUGACCCUUCAUGGUCCUCCACAGCCUCAGAUUGGAUCUAUUCUGCGCCUUGGGGCCUUCGAAGACUUCUCAACUACAUCUCUGCAGAAUACCUGAAUGUUACUAAAGUGCCUAUUCACAUAACUGGAAAUGGAAUGCCCACAGAAUACAGAGGGGACACCCUAAAUGACAGGAGUCGAAUCCAAUACAUGACGAGUUACAUCAAUGAAGCAUUGAAAGCAAUUCAUUUGGAUGGAAUAGAUGUGCAGAGGUUUACUGUCCAAUCACUCAUGGAUGGUUUUGAGGGACCACAAGGCUACAGUGAACGUUUUGGGUUGCACCAUGUCAACUUUGAUCUGCCUGACAGGCCCAGGACUCCAAGACAGUCUGUCUAUUUUUAUUCCAAAGUCAUUGAGAAAAAUGGAUUUCCUACCACAAAAGACCAUUUUUGUGCAUAUGAUCUGCAAAACAUGGAACCAAAAAAGUUUUUUUCAGUGCCACCUUCCAACGUCCCAUCCCAAGCUAAGGUGGUAUGGAGGAAAUUCUCAAGUCAGACCAAUUUUCAAAGAAAACUCUAUCAUUAUGGUACUUUCUCACAAGGUUUCCACUGGGGAGUGUCAUCGUCUGCUUACCAAAUUGAGGGUGGCUGGAAUAUUGAUGGAAAAGGACCCAGUAUCUGGGAUAAAUUCACCCAGAAACCUGGCAAUAUUCCUGGUAGUGCUAAUGGAAAUGUAGCCUGUGACAGCUACAGUAGACUGGAGGAAGACCUGUACAUGCUUCGGGCUCUGAGGGUGAAGUCCUACAGAUUCUCUCUAUCCUGGUCCAGGAUCUUCCCUGAUGGUCUGAGAACUUCCUUGAACCAAAAAGGUGUUGACUACUACAAUAGGCUCAUUGAUAAUCUCCUUGCAUAUAACAUCACACCCAUGGUGACGCUCUACCAUUGGGACCUUCCUCAAGCUUUGCAAAACAUCAAUGGCUGGGACAACAUUACAAUUAUUGACAUCUUCAAUGACUUUUGUGACUUUUGCUUCGCCACCUUUGGGAAUAGAGUCAAGUUUUGGAUGACCUUCAACCAACCUCACACAAUUGCAUGGUCAGGAUACGGACUUGGGCAGAUCCCACCAAAUGUUAAGAGGCCAGGGGAUGCACCAUACAGAGUCGCUCACAACCUCUUAAAAGCACAUGCCAAAGCUUAUCAUACAUAUGAUGAGAAAUACCGCAAAUCCCAAGGCGGUCUGGUGUCCAUUGCCCUCAAUGCUGAUUGGAUUGAACCCACAGAUGUCAACGUUCCUCGUGAAGUGGUGGCAGCAGACCGUGCCCUGCAGUUCCAAAUUGGUUGGUUCGCACAUCCUAUUUUCAAAAACGGAGACUAUCCAGAUGCAAUGAAGUGGCAAGUUGGAAACAAAAGUGAACUCCAAGGUCUUUCAGAGUCAAGACUACCUGCUUUCACAGAAGAGGAAAAGGCUUACAUCAGGGGGACUGCUGAUGUCUUCUGCAUAAAUCAUUACACUACAAAGAUAGUAAGCCAUAUCACAGCACGGCUUAGCCCUCAGUCCUAUGAAUAUGACCAGGACCUAUCAGAGGCAGAGGAGGUAGAUUCACCAACCACUGCCAUCAGUAAACAGAGAGCAGUGGCAUGGGGCUUGAGAAGGCUUCUCAACUGGAUCAAGGAGGAAUAUGGUGAUCCAGAGAUUUACAUUACAGAGAAUGGAGUUGCUACAGACAAAGAGACUACAGUUGAUGAUACUGACAGAAUAUUUUACUUCAAAACUUACAUUGAUGAAGCUCUGAAAGCUCAUAACCUGGAUGGUGUGAAGGUGAGAGGAUAUAUAGCAUCAUCUCUGAUGGAUUCUUUUGAGUGGCUCAAUGGGUACACAGUGGCAUUUGGGCUCCAUCAUGUGGAUUUUACUAACCCAAACCGACCAAGGACACCCAAACGCUCAGCUCACUACUACUACCAAGUCAUAAAGGAAAAUGGCUUCCCUCUGCCAGAUGAUGAGAGGGUACUGUAUGGACAUUUCCCCAAAGGCUUUAAGUGGAGUACUGCCAGCGCCUCUUACCAGAUUGAAGGAAGUUGGAGAGCCGAUGGAAAGGGAUUAAGUAUCUGGGACAAGUUUGCCCAUACUCCUCUAAGAGUGGGCAAUAAUGACAAUGGCGAUAUUGCUUGUGAUAGCUACAACAAAAUUGACAAGGAUGUGGAAGUGCUGAAGAAGUUGAAGGUGAACAGCUAUCGUUUCUCUAUAUCCUGGACCAGGGUGCUCCCUGAUGGCACCAACAAUCACAUAAAUGAGGCUGGACUCAACUACUAUCAUAGAUUACUGGAUGCCUUGGAAGCUGCCAGUAUUCAACCUCAGGUCACCCUCUACCACUGGGACCUCCCUCUGGCUCUACAGAAAGUAGGAGGCUGGGAAAAUGAAACCAUUGUCCAAAGAUUCAGAGAUUAUGCGGAUGUUAUAUUUAGCAGACUUGGAGACAGGGUGAAGUUCUGGAUCACUCUUAAUGAACCCUACAUUGUGGCCAACCUUGGCUAUGGAUAUGGUACUUUUGCUCCAGGCAUCGUAGGUAAGCAGUAUAUUGCUGCUCACAACUUGAUCAAGGCUCAUGCUGAAGCCUGGCACCUCUACAAUGACAAGUACCGUGCAAAGCAGGGUGGUCUCAUCUCCAUCACUAUCAACUCUGACUGGGUGGAACCACGGAAUCCAAAUAAACAGGAGGAUGUGGACGCAGCUCAACGCAUUUUGCAGUUCUUCAUUGGCUGGUUUGCCCACCCAAUUUUCAAUGGAGAUUAUAAUGACAUGAUGAAAACCAUCAUCCGUGAGAGAAGCCUUGCUGCAGGUCUUCCCAAAUCAAGGCUUCCGGAGUUCACCCAAGAGGAAAUCAAGAGGAUCAGAGGGACUCAUGAUUAUUUUGGCUUCAACCAUUACACCACAGUUCUGGCAUUCCCUGUUGACUUUGGCGAUCGACAGGAUUAUGAAGGUGACAGGGGCGCUGGAAGCAUCCAGGACCGCAGCUGGAUUGAAUCAGGCUCCUUCUGGCUAAAGAUCACCCCAUUUGGAUUCAGAAGAAUCCUCAAUUUUAUCAAGGACGAAUAUGGAAACCCACCCAUCUACGUCACAGAGAAUGGAAUCUCAGAACGAGGAGUAGUAGACCUGAAUGACCUGCACAGAACACACUACUACGAGAGCUACAUCAACCAAGCCCUGAAAGCCCUUCUGCUGGAUGGAGUUGAUCUGAGAGGUUACACAGCAUGGUCACUGAUGGACAACUUUGAGUGGGCUGCUGGCUUCGCCGAGCGAUUUGGACUUUUCUAUGUAAACCGUUCAGACCCCACACUUCCUCGUAUCUCUAAAGGCUCAGCUUCUCGCUAUGCCACUAUCAUUACCUGCAAUGGCUUCCCAGACCCAGCCCUUGGGCCCCAUGAGUGUUUGAACCCUGAGGUGGAAAGCUCACAAGCUACAACCGUUCCUGUCCUUCCCCUGGACAUGGUGGAUUUCUUGGGUCUGGAGCUUUCAUCUAAUAAUGCUGAAGUGGCACUCUAUGCCUUGUUUGUACUUCUUCUUUUCAGUGUUCUUGGGCUCAUCUUUGUGGUGUACCUAAUGUUGAGACGUAAAAGAAAGUUGACGGCCACAACUGCAGAGCCCCUUAGGAUGCAGAGAAUGUGA